AUCAUCAUGGACCAUUCAAUUCUCAAGUUCGUCGUUUUUUUAACGCUUGUUACGUCGUCGUUCUCGAAAAGCAUCAGAAUCGAAAAUAACGAAGGAAGUUCUAUCGAAAGCAUUAGCACAGCUUCGUCAGGCAUCGCGACGUCUCAAGACGAACCUGAAUCGGGAGUUAAACGAAGCUUAAUGAUUCUAGUGCCGUCGACCGAGGAAGACGGAGACCUAUGUAAAAGUCAAAAGACAAAACGAUGCAAGACAUCGUCGCGUAGAGAGAAAGUAGGAUCCGUGUUAAAAUCCUACAAAAAUAAUGAAAGCCCUCCGGAAUAUUUCCUUGGCCAGAAACCAAAUCCGCAAUUAAAGCAACCUGCUCCGAAACCAUUGUCGUUAGCAGAAAUCAGGGAGAAGGCGAAGAACGCUACGUUCCGCGAUGAAGACAUCAUAAAUUCUCUUCGAGAUCAGUUGAUGCCUAAAGAUCCAAAAGUUGGCUCUGCUCGUCAGAGCUCGGGAUCAGGAAGAACGAGUAAAAUCGAGAACGAUGAUUUCAUUUGUUACUGCACGGAGAAAAAUAAUAAAAAAAACGCUGAUCGGGAUUACGUCCCAAGCCCACAACCGUCGAGAAAUAAAUUUGAUAAGAAACCCGAAGACGUAGGUAGCAGACAUCAUAUUCCGCAUCACCCACACUUACCGCACUUACCACACAAGUCACCUACGAAUCCAAACGUUCCUAGUUAUCCACAUCAUAAACUGUAUCCCGUUUCGCACAGACAUGGAACAUUGCCUCAUCAGAUUCCGCAUUUUAAUCGGGCGAAUCCUCGAUUCGGUGCGAAACCGAACGGAAAGGAAAUUCUCAAUAAAAAUAAUAUUCCGAUACAUCCGAUUGGCAAUAGACCCGAUUCAGUGAGUGGGCAACAAACACCGAUUGAUCAAUCAAAUUUAAACAGAAAUCAGCAGACUGGACAAGGUCUCCGGCCUUUAAAUACAGACCUUGCACAAUCUCAGGAAACAAGUUCUUCAAACGUAGAAGAAAAUAUUCCAACCAGUAACGAUGAGAAUACCAACUACUCAGGUGCCAAUGAAGAUCCUUCGAUACCGGAAGUGCCUAACGUCCAAGCUAUUAAUCCAAACAUGGAACAGCCGUCGACAGGAUUGGGAAACGAAUACGAAGCGCCUGGCAGUGGAACUUUGGAUUAUUCAGACAUUAAAGAAGUUACAUCCGCAUACUUCACGUCGACAGCCGAGAAUUUUCACAUAAGCAGCCCUGGUCGUAUGAACAUAAAUUCUGAAGAGGACGGUGAUGUCAAUUUACCAUUGAAUAAUCCAUCUGAAACUGCUUUGAGACCCGAAGGUGGAACCAUGUUGGAAGAAAGCAACCCACAGUGGAACGAAGGACAACCGAACGUGCAAUCUAAAACUGGAAACAAUUACGGGAUCACAGAAUUUACUCCUAUUGAGCAGCCAACCGCAUUGAUCCCUGAAGAGCCAGAAGAACUUGAUACAUCGCGAAUGAAUAAUAACGAGGAAUCGAAUUCCGAAGAUUAUAUGACAGAACCACCGGAAACGGAUAAUACUGGUCCAUUAGGGAACGAUUACGCUAAUUCAGGAUCUGAUAAACUCGAUGAAAAAAUUGCUCCCUCGCCGCACGAAACAAUACAACCCUUGGAAAACGAUUAUACAACAAUUGGCAAUGAAUACUUUAUGAAUACAGAUAAGGAUAUAGUCGGGGCCGAGCAAGUGACGAUUCCGUAUGAAAACGAAGGCAAUGCUCCAGAAUUAUCUGGGAUCGACAAUGCGGAAAGGGUGACGGAUACGAGCUUGCCUUUUUGUGACAACACUUUGCUACAGAAGUCAAUAAAGUCGGUAAUUAAUAACUUCGCCGACGAUUUGGUGCCGGGAGAAACAGUGGGUUCCUCGAAGGGUGAUGAUUUACUACCGGAAAUUGUAGAAGUUCCCAACUUGAAGAGUAUUUUAUCCUUGCCAACCAUAGAGCGCACGGUUUUGGACAAAGUGAAAAUCUUCUUAUCGAGAACGACCGGAUUGCCUAAGAAGAAUUUCGACACGAAUUGGGCCACCGACGUUAUUAAGAAUAAUCUGCGUAACAUAAUGUCCGCUGCGCCUCACUCCGAGUCAGAACAUCCGGCGACCAUCGACGAGCAUCAAUUCAGAGACGGUAAAUGGGUAACGAAUGCGGUCACUUUAGAGCCCCUCGACGAGGACCGUGUUCCUACGGAUUUGGAAAGAUUGCAGGCUCAGGUUAAGAGCCUUCUACGGCAUCCAGCUGUCGGCUUGCAAGCAGCGAGGAACCCCGCAGUUCGGAACAUGAUCCUUGAAAGCAUUCGACAUACCUUCAAACCACCGAGUAAUAAUGCUUUCGAUGAUUCGAUUAUCCGCAGCACUUUGAACGAUGAGUUAGAAAAAAUUGGAAAUGAAGAAACCCCGACGUUGGAAGGAGCCGAGUCUACCACGUUCGAUGUAUCUCAUAUGGACGUGAAUAAAUUCUUGGACAUAGCUAGAAGCGAGGCAGGCUUGGAUAACAAUGAACCAGUAACGACUCAACCAAAUUUCAAUGAUCAUGUUCUAGGAAUUGGAAGAAAUUCCGUACCUUUAGGAUUGGAGACGAUAACGUUGAGGGCAGAAGAUUUUCCAGAAGUGCCCAAAUAUUAUUCGAUUCCAAACUUUGGCGCAGGUACGAGGGACCAACUCCAGCCUCCGGUCCAACAGGUAGGGAAUCCAUUCGUAGGAUACAGUCCUAUAAUCGGUCAGUCAGGAGGGGCAGAUCCAUAUGUAGUCGAAAGCACGCAAUCAACCACGGACGACGACGAUUCCUCGCAAGACUAUACGUACUUGGGGAAAAUUUCUAUAAAAAAUGAUGGGCAGACGGAUGACGUGCACAGCCUUGUAAAUUCCGAAUUGUUCUACAUCGGGGACGGUGUGAAGCUGCCACUGGAAAUAAGAAAAUUGACGGAUGGCUCGUACGCUCUAUCGAUCUCCAGGAAGAUUUGCGAGCACCUAUUGAACAAGGAGUGCCCCUGUUGCGUGCCUGUCAAGGGAAACAUCGUUCGGACUAUAAGGAGAAGUUCGGGAAAUGCUGAUGGGACCAGGAGAAUUUCCAAACGGGAAUCAGUUUCGUCGAGCGAGUACGACUCGGCUGACGACAGCAUACAGAUCGUCUCGAUGCCCGUGGAAACUUUUGCCAGGAGAUACAAUCUCUCUCUGAACUUGGAAAAAGUGCAAACGCCGUGGAACUUGGACGAGAAGAUCGACGAGAGACAAGAGAGAAAUUUGAAAAAUACAUAUGGAAUCGAAGCGGCCGACGAUCUGUUCUCCGUCGACGCGAUUUCCGAAAACUUCAAGCCUGUGGCGAAGCACAGGAGAAGGAACAACGAACCGUACGAAGAUAAAAUGAUCGAAAGGUAUCAACGAAAUACUAACGAUAACGUGAAUAAACGGGUGGAGAUAAUAAAAAAUAUGUUAAACUGGCUGAGAGAUAUGGUCCUGAGUACAACUAGAUAAGAUAAACUUUA